AUGCCCUACCACAAUUUGAAAGCCCUGAUCAAGGGAAUCCGGGCAUGUAAGACUGUAGCAGACGAACGCGCCCUCAUCAAACAAGAGUCUGCUGCCAUUCGCGCAUCUUUCAGGGAGGAAGACUCGUAUGCGAGGCAUAACAAUGUCGCGAAACUCCUGUACAUUCACAUGCUUGGCUCGGAGGCACACUUCGGGCAGAUGGAGUGUCUCAAGCUCGUCGCCAGCCCGCGCUUUGGUGACAAGCGGCUGGGCUACCUAGGAAUCAUGUUACUCCUCGACGAAAGUCAGGAAGUGCUUACCCUGGUCACGAAUUCGCUCAAGAAUGAUAUGAACCACGCGAACAUGUAUGCGGUCGGUCUUGCGCUUUGCACAUUCGCGGACAUUGCUUCGGAGGAAAUGGCUCGAGAUCUGGCAAACGAGAUCGAGAAGCUGCUGGGAUCGAGCAAUACGUAUAUCCGAAAGAAGGCUUCACUUUGUGCCCUCCGAGUCGUCAGGAAAGUGCCCGACCUUGCCGACCAUUUUGUGUCAAAAGGGAAGAACUUGCUUGCGGACCGGAACCAUGGUGUACUUCUCACAGCAAUUACCCUUGUAACGGAGAUGUGUCAAACGGACGCUGCAUGCUUGGAGGAAUUCCGCAAUGCCGUCCCGCUCCUCGUACGACAUCUGAAGUCGCUGGUGACUACGGGCUACAGCCCAGAGCACGAUGUGUCAGGCAUCACCGACCCUUUCCUGCAAGUCAAAAUCCUCCGUCUACUUCGUCUCCUCGGAAGGGGAGAUGCAAAGGCCAGCGAGACGAUGAACGAUAUUCUAGCUCAGGUAGCGACGAACACCGACUCGACGAAAAAUGUUGGCAACUCCAUCUUGUACGAAACAGUGAUGACAGUCCUCGAGAUAGAGGCAGAUAGCGGCCUGCGGGUCAUGGCCAUCAACAUCCUUGGUAAAUUCCUCAGCAACCGCGAUAACAACAUCCGCUAUGUCGCUCUCAAUACCCUUAAUAAAGUUGUGUCUAUAGACACGAACGCCGUUCAGCGACAUCGCAACAUCAUUCUCGACUGCCUGCGGGACGGGGACAUAUCCAUUCGCCGGCGUGCGCUCGAGCUCUCGUAUGCGCUGAUCAACGAGCAGAAUGUCCGGAUCCUCAUCCGCGAGCUCCUUGCGUUCCUCGAGGUUGCGGACGAUGAGUUCAAGCUGGGCAUGACAACUCAGAUUUGUCUCGCCGCAGAGCGUUUCGCGCCAAAUAAAAGAUGGCACAUCGACACGGUGCUCCGCGUGCUGAAGCUUGCUGGCAACUUCGUCAGGGAAGAAAUUCUCUCUUCGUUCAUCCGACUUGUUGCCCACACGCCCGAGCUGCAAGCAUAUACAGCGUCAAAACUCUACUCGUCGCUACGAUCGGACAUAUCGCAAGAAUCGCUGACACUUUCCGCGACUUGGGUCCUUGGCGAGUAUAGCGAGGUCCUGAUUGAGGGUGGUCUUGUGGAUGAAGAUCAGCCCAAGCGGGUCACGGACGUAGAAAUUAUCGACCUGCUGCUCUCCAUUCUUGAUUCGCCCUAUGCGAAUUAUCUCACCCGCCAGUUCGUCCUCACUGCCAUCACAAAGAUCGCCUCCCGUCCCACCACUUCUCCUGCUCAGCAACAGCGUGUAGAUGAGCUAUUGCUCUCUUUCACGACAAGCCCAGAACUUGAGAUCCAACAGCGCGCGGUCGAGUUCGCCAGUCUCUUCAAUCUGGACGUGCGGGCGGGUGUUUUGGAGCGCAUGCCGCCGCCAGAGCUUAAGGCAACUGUGAUGGGUGUGGUCAGUGAGAACAAGCCUGUUGGCUCUGUCCAGCCAAGCAAGGAUGGUGACUUGCUCGGCGACGACAUUCCAGGAGGCGCACCAGUCGCGAACGGAAGCGUUCCCGCUGUAGCACAGAACAACCAAGAUCUCCUGGCGGAGAUUUUCGGAAGUUCCUCGUCACCGGCUGCGUCAUCGCCAGCGCCUGCCCAGAGCCAGAAGAGCACCGUGCAAGACAUUCUUGGCCUCUUCGACUCACCGUCCACAUCGAGUCCGGUGCCGGCUCCAGAUCAAGCAACACCAUAUGCAACCUCUAAUGGUGCUCCGCCAGCAUUUUCCGCUUUCAACCUCGCACAAGUGCAGACACCACCGCCUCAACCGCCCGCGCAGCCGCGCCUCACUGCGUAUACAGCAUACGACAAGAACGAGCUGAGAAUCACGUUAACGCCGCAGACCUCACCCCAAAAACCGGGCGUCGUCAACAUCUUGGCGAGAUUCCAAGCAACUGGCAGCACCUCAGCCGCCGGACUGAACUUCCAGGCUGCUGUUCCUAAGUCCCAGCAACUGCAAAUGUUGCCCAUGUCAAAUCCGGAUGUCCAGCCUGGUGCCGUAGAAACGCAGCAAAUGCGGGUAGUGGCACCUGUGGGGGCUAAUGUGCGGCUACGACUGCGGAUAUCGUACUCGUUAAGUGGUCGCGCAAUCCAAGAGCAGGUAGACUUCAACGGGUUCCCACCUGGACUAACGGGUGGAUCAUGAUGUUCGUUCGCUCUUCGGAUAUUUAAUGCAGCUGGUUCCGUCUCCAAUAUAUUGUCGUAUUAUGAUGUGUG